AUGAACAUUUUCAAAAAGUUAAGUUUAGUAAGAUUAGUUAGAAACAAAAGUGCUAUAAAAAUGAAGUACGAACCAACUCUAAUAAUACCAUGUGGGGAGGAGAAGGCUUAUGUGAAAGCAACAGAUUAUCUAUCUAACGGUUAUGUAAUUGCUGUGCCUACAGAUACAAUAUAUGGGCUAGCUUGUAGUGCCAACUGUCAGGAUGCAAUCAAAAAACUAUAUGCAAUUAAAGGCAGGGAUUCAGCAAAGCCAGUAGCAAUCUGUGUCAGUAAUAUAUCUGAUGUCAGGAAGUGGGGCCAAGCAGAGCAUUUAAGUGACAAUCUAUUAACCAGCUUGUUACCAGGGCCAGUGACUGUGGUAUUAGAGAAAACUGAACGAUUGAAUAAUCCAUACUUGAAUCCGAUGACGACUAAAAUUGGUAUAAGAAUACCAAAUCAUAGUUUUAUUAAUAAAGUAACAAAUGUGUUUGAUAUGCCCGUUGCAUUAACAAGUGCAAAUUCAAGUAAUGAACCAUCGUCACUGACUGUUAAGGAGUUCGAACAUUUGUUCAGCUAUUUAGGUGCGGUUUUUGAUGGCGGUACAUUGAGUCAAGGUUUGGAUAAGAAUCGGAGUGGCUCCACAGUGAUUGAUUUGUCUAAAAUUGGAUAUUACAAUAUAAUAAGAAAGGGUAUUUCGUAUGAAACAAUUGUGAAAAUCUUACAGGAGCAUGGACUGAGUAGUAUUGUUAAAUAGUUUUAUGGAAGGAUUAAAUUUGUUUGAUUUAAA